CUCAUGCCUAGGUAGCUCUCCCUUUCCGACUCGCAGCUCGGCCAUUGCCCCAUUCCUCUGGAGAUUUUGGAGGAUUGGUGCUGUGAAUGCACCUCGUUCCUAGCCGUCUCCUGGGAGACUGCCCCUGACCCAAUCUGCCCCUCCAUGAGGCCGGGGAGCUAUCCGGUAUCCGCACGCUUCUCCGUGCCGGCCUCCAAAGAUGUGGCUAGACCGCAUUUCCGGCCAUUCCACGCCCUCCGGUCCCCAGUUCGAUAGUCGCAGCAACUCCCCUCUGCCUCGACGGACGUCGUCCCGUCUAGCUCCAAAUCCCCCAACCACCCGCCCCGGAUCCACUCGCCCCGGCUCAUCGUUGUCUCUCUUGUCGACUCCGAAUGACUCCACCACUUCCCUCCCUGCGACUGCCCGUGGUGAAAGCUCGACCCCAAAGCCAGGUGCUGCCAGGCCUCGCCCCUCAGAUGUGGCUGAUCCGUUUGAAGUGUUGAAUGGGAUCAUUGGGAAACAGAGCAAGGGAGGAGACGGCUCUCCCGCAUCCCUCUUGGAAACGAAACCCUCGGAGCUGGUCGAGGACAUUGAUUUCCGCGGUCUGAGCCUCGAGGACUUUGUGGCCGAGAAUGAUGAACCGAGAAGGUCCCUGAAAAGCGACGUUGGUGCGCAGACCAUUCAGCAAUUCGAAAAGGAAAGGGACAAAUUCCAGGACUUGCAUUCGGCAAUCACGGGCUGCGAUGAUGUCUCCAAGUCAGUUGAGAUGUACCUGAAUGACUUUCAGAAUGAACUCGGGGCGGUCUCGGCCGAGAUUGAGAGUCUCCAGUCUCGCUCUAUACAACUCAAUGCCAUGCUCGAAAACCGACGAAACGUCGAGCAGCUGCUUGGUCCGGCUGUGGAGGAGAUCAGUCUCUCUCCCAAAACUGUUCGGUUGGUUGCGGAGGGGCCUAUCGAUGACAACUGGGUCAAGGCUCUGAACGAGAUUGAAACCCGAACAGCCAGCAUUGAAGCGAAGGUCUCGGGGUCCAACAGCAGCAAGUCCAUCGAAGAUGUGCGUCCGCUUCUGGGCGACAUCAAGAAGAAGGCAGUGGAGAGAAUCCGGGACUACCUGGUCUCUCAGAUUCGAGCCCUCCGAUCUCCAAAUAUCAACGCUCAAAUUAUUCAGCAGCAGCGAUUGGUCAAGUUCAAGGACCUAUACGGUUACAUUUCAAGGGCUCAUCCGACGCUCACGGGGGAGAUUACGCAAGCGUAUAUUAAUACGAUGCGUUGGUAUUACCUGUCUCAUUUUACGCGGUAUCAUCAGGCUCUCGAGAAGAUCAAGGUCUUUCCGAGCGAUCGCAACGAGGUGUUAGGAGGAGAUCCGUCCUCCCAUAAGACAGGUAAUAUCGUUCCCGGCGGCCGAGCUGGUUCAGCAGCGCACGACCCGUUUUCGCUCGGAAGGAGGGUCGAUAUUCUUCGAACCGGCAACCAUAUGGCGAUAUCUUCCUACCUAGCGGAGGAGGACACAUCCUUCCAUGGGCUGGAAGUUCCGUUCCGCAACUUCAACCUUGCUCUUCUCGACAAUAUCUCCGCCGAAUACUCGUUUAUGACCGAGAUGUUCUCCCCGUUGGGCUUUAAGCAGAUCUCUCGCAAGGCCGUUGAGAUAUUCGAACCAGUAUUUGCACUCGGGCAGAACAUGACAAAGCACCUGAUUGAGCAGACGACCGAUGCGCUUGGGGUGUUGAUUUGCGUCCGAUUGAAUCAGCAAGCUGCUUUCGAAUUGCAGCGCCGAAAGGUGCCCGUCGCCGACUCGUACAUUAACGGAAUCAACAUGCAGCUGUGGCCUCGGUUCCAGGUCAUCAUGGACACGCAGUGCGAGUCCUUGAAGCGGGUGGCUGCAAACACUGGCCGUAGUGCGGUCUCUGCGUUGUCAAUUGCCGGAGGAGAUGACUUGAACAAGUCAUCCGCUCCUCACUUCCUUACUCAACGGUUUGGACAACUCCUGCAUGGUAUUAUGGUGCUCAGCAGCGAGGCCGGGGACGACGAGCCGGUGGCGAAUAGUCUGGCACGGCUAACGGCAGAGUUCGACAAUCUCCUCGCGAAGCUCAGUCGGAUUGGCGGGGACGCCAAACGGAGGGAGCGGUUUCUUUACAACAAUUACUCGCUUGUUCUGGCUAUUAUUAGUGAUACCCAAGGCAAAUUAGCCACCGAACAGAAACAGGUCAUUGGCGCCGGGGUCGUCGGACUGGCCGUUGCCCGCCAACUCGCGAUGAAAGAGGGGACGUCGACGAUCCUCCUCGAGAGACAUGCCGCGCCGGGGACGGAGACGAGUAGUCGGAAUUCAGAGGUCAUCCACGCAGGCCUCUACUACGGCGCGGACACACUUAAAACGCACCUCUGCAUCAAAGGCAAAGAACUCCUCUACGCGCUCUGCCACCAACACAACAUCCCGCACCGCAACACCAAGAAAUGGAUCGUCGCGCAGACCCCCGAGCAAUGGGCCGCGUGUCUGCGCGUGCACGAACACGCACAACGCAUCGGCGUCCCCACCCGCAUCCUCGGACCGGAGGAAGCCCGUCGUCGCGAACCGGAAGUCCAAGCCCUGGCCGGGGUGGUGGAGAGUCCGACGACAGGCAUCGUGGAUAGUCAUUCCCUGAUGACGUAUCUGCAGGGAGACUUUGAGGAUCGGGGCGGGGACUGUGCGUUCUUGACACGAGUUACGGGAAUUGAGCCCCUCGAGGGGGAGAAGGGGUAUCGGAUUCGUGCGGUCUCUGCGGAUGGGACGGAGACGACUAUCACGGCGGAGACGGUCGUGAAUAGUGCGGGGAAUGCGGCGUGCGAGAUCAGUAAUCUGCUCUUACCGGAGAGUCGGCACCGGAAGGCGUAUUUCGCGAAGGGAACGUAUUUCUCGUACUCGGCAUCGAAGCCUACGACCUCGGUGUUGGUCUAUCCGGCGACGUUACCGGGGUUGGGGGGAUUAGGGACACAUUUAACGUUAGAUAUGGCAGGUCGGAUCCGAUUCGGGCCAGACGUGGAAUGGGUCGAGGAUGCGAAUGAUUUGCGGCCGAGUCCGGCGCGCUUACAACAGGCCUUACCGGAGAUCAGGGCCUAUUUGCCGAAUGUGGACGUGGAGGCGAUCGAGUUGGAUUAUUGCGGCAUUCGACCCAAGUUAGGGAAGGGCGGUGCGGUGAAUACAGGCAAGGGGUUCCAGGACUUCGUAAUCCAGGAGGAGGAUGGAUUUCCGGGCUUUGUGAAUCUGUUGGGCAUUGAGAGUCCGGGGUUGACGAGUAGUUUGGCGAUUGGGGAGAUGGUGAGGGAUAUUCUAUAUUAAACAUAUUGCAUACUGUUUGUUGUAUAUAGAGAGCAUAGCCUCGACUGGUCCGAGACUAGAUAGUAAGUACUGAGCAUACAACCUCACCUCACCCGACAAACGAC